CGCUUGCCAGCAUCUCCGCCAAAAACAUGCGCAACGUGUGGGGCGUUGCAAGCGCUUUGGCACUGGUAGCACAGCCAUGGCCAACGACGUUGCUUCAGAGCCUCUGGGAGAAGAUGGGUUUGGCGUUGCUCCCGGUGCUCUAUACAACUCUAGUCACACACGACUUGGCUCCGGUCGCAGGCCUCUCGGAUCUCUUCAUGCACGCAGCCCAGGCCUUUGAGUUGCCGCGCUACCAGCGCCGUGUUUUGGCGCACAACUACGAAGCGUCCUCGCCGCUGCGAGGCCCAGCGCACGCAUGCAGCUCGACCCGUCUCGUCCUCGACACCCUCGAAUACUUUCGCCUGUACGACGCUGAGAAGCGGUCGGCGUUUGUCGACGCCUUCCUUGCUGCAACGGCCUCAAAGCUCGAAGCCAACACCGUCUUCCGCAACCUUGAGCUUCGAGAAUCCGCGUCCGACAUUCGCCUCGCCAAAGCCGGUCUCGAGCGCCUCCUGAGCGCGCCGUUGCGAGGCUCCGAGGUGCCCAAGCUCAACACUCUCACUCUCAGCGAACUCGAUAUGUACAACUUCACGACGAACUGGCAUCGAGCCAAAGCACUCCGAGCCUCCAACGCCAAUGACGCGGCCAUGCGCAAGCAGUUCCAGCGACUCGCCGAGCGCCCGAGCCCAACGACACGGUAA